AUGCAGCUGCACCCAGCCCCAUGUGGCUUCUCCCAGGCCUGUGGGACCCCUGGGGCCCUGUCCGUAUUCCCCAGGACCAGGACAGCUGCUGUCUCCAGCCACAAUGAACAUCAUUCUCUCCAGGGACAGCAGGUGUGGGUGACGGAGGACACAGUGACCAAGCAGCUCAUCGACUUCGCCAACACGGAGAACCCGGAGAUGCGGGCCGCCCUGAGGACCUUCGCCGAGGACCUGGCCAAAGUGCAGGAUUACCGGCAGGCCGAGGGGAGCAAGCUGGAGACCAAGGUGGUCAACCCCCUGAAGCUCUACGGGGUGCAGAUAAAGCAGACCCAGGCUGAGAUCAAGAAAUUCAAACACGUCCUGAACAACGAGCUCAAACAACUGGGAAAGCUGGAGAAACUGAGGCAGAAGUCCCCUUCAGAGAGACAGACCAUCUCCCAGGCGGAGACCAGCGUGCAGAGGGCCUUGGUGGAUGCCAGCCACACCUCCCACCAGCUGGAGGAGACGGUGGAUGCCUUCCAGGAACAGAGGCUAAAGGACCUCCAGAAAAUUUUUUCGGACUUUGUGACCAAUGAGAUGGUCUUCCACGCCAAAGCGGUGGAGGUGUAUUCCAGUGCCUUCCAGACCCUGGAGAGCUACGACCUGGAGAGAGAUCUGGAGGAUUUUAGAGCCAAGAUGCGUGGAGUUUAUGGGCGUUAUGACGCUCGGCUGCUCACGGACACCACCCUGUCCCCGGCUGUCCCGUGCUUUCUCGCCCAGAGCACCCAGAGCACCGUACGGAGCCAGAGAAAAGAAGCAGCCAGUGAGGACAAAUCGGCCGAGGAGGACCCCGUGGAGGACCUCAGGGGACAGGGAAGGGGCUCCAUCGCUAGGACGAGAACUCCCCAAGACUUCUGCCAGGGAGAGGACGUCCUGCAGCCGUUCAGGAUAAACACUAUGCUCUGGAGCCAGCUAGCCCCUGAUUUCAUUCCCCACUGCGGGUACCAUGAUUUCCUCAUCAGCAAAGUGGUCAACAAAACCUUCCUCGCAGGAGGCUACGAUGGACACCGGCCCAUCGUGGACCCAGCAUCCUCCCUCCUGCGCCCCCUCGGUCCCACGUCGCAGGUCUGCUACUCGGGGAUAUGGACAGUCACCUCGGUGUUAGCUGUGUAA